GGACCAUAAUCCCAUGCGAGUGUUUCCCGGGUCUGCGGAUAUUUGACACAUCCCCACUCAAUAACCCAUUGCCCUUGCGCUAAAGACGCAAGACGCGCCAUUUGCUAAAUAAACACUUGCUCGUUAUGGCAUUGUUACACUACCCAAGGGAUUAAGUUUUCGUUAAGGCCUAAAAUGAACGCUUCGGAGGAAUUUCCUGAGUCGGGUAAGGAACCAGCCGAGAAAGUGGAGGAGUUUGGGGAGCUGGUGAUGUUUGAAGGGAAUGGCAAAUUGUGCCCUUCGGAGGCCUUGGAGGACGGCUUAUUGGCCGAUCCGGACAAGUGUGGCAUGUGUGGGGGAUCACUUGUGGUGUCUCGAAUGCUGCACUGUUUGCAUUCGUUUUGCGAAGAUUGUCUCGAUAAGAAAAUGGUUGGGGAAGGAGGUGACGCUGGGACGGCUGAGGCUACUAUUGAGUGUCCCACUUGUGGACAUCACACCAAGGUCGGGGUGAAAAAAAUGGCUGCUCUUCCUCUUGAUGUGACCAAAACCAACAUCUCUGACGUGUCAAAUGCGUCCAGUUUGCAUUGCACCUCUUGUACCGCCAAAGAAUUGGCCAAAUCACGUUGCAACACCUGCCAUAAUCUCUUGUGUAACCAUUGUGAUUCGGCGCAUCAUUACAUGCGUUGUUUCGAGUCGCAUCAAGUCGUAGCCUUGGAAGAUAUGCGUAAAGACGGAGUCAAAAUAACCAUUCAUAAGCCGCUCGAAUGCGACCUUCACCAAGGCGAAAAUUUGAUCUACUAUUGCAACACUUGUAAUACGACGGCUUGUAGCGAAUGCGUUAAAAACGAACACAAAGGUGCCGAGCAUCAUGUCGAAGGCAUAGCCGAUUCGGAAAUGAGAGUUAGACAAGAGAUGAAGGCACUAUUGUCCGAAAGUAAGAACAAAGUCGAUGAGUUGAUGAAACUCUCGACUGGAUUGAAUAACAGUUUGGAAGAGUUGGCACAUCAACGGUCUACAGCACGUGACCUCAUCAACGAAUCGUAUCAGAGUUACAAAGCGGUUUUGGAAAAAUGUCGAGACGAAGCUUUGGCCAAACUGAACGAACUUUAUCACGAGCGGGAGUUGAUAAUAAUGAAGGAAAAUGACGAAGUUGGAAAAACUAUCGGUAAUUUCGAGGAUGCAAGAUCUUACACUUCGCGUCUUUUGGAAAUAUCUACCGUUCCUGAAAUAAUGUACCUGAGAAAAACAGUUGCUGAUCGUUUAUUGGAACUCAACAACAACACACCGAAAUGCGACGAGACAUUUCACAUUGAAUUUCGCACAGACUUUGGGGCUUUCGAAUCGAUGGUCAAGGAACAUUUUGGUGAUUUUCGUACGGAAAAAUCGCGUGUUUCAAGUCCGAUAAAUUCGGCUCUAACACCGCUGACUAUUACACAACCGCUCACCAAUGGUUGUAAUGCGUCGAUUACGAAUAGUAGUCCGAUUUCGUUGCCGACUUCGAUGCAGUCGUCGUUUGAUGGAGACGUCAGUGGAAAUAUGCAGAAUUUCGCUUUGGCGCAGAGUCCACCUUUGCCUCAGGUGAAUAAAGCUGCCGCUGUUGCUGCUGCUGCCGCUUCAGGCAUGGCAGGAUUUUCUAGUAUUGCUGAAUAUAAUAUUGCUCAGUUGGCGACUUUGGCUGAGACUUCAAAUAGUGCAGCGACUUCACCGACACCACCUUUUAAUUUGGCCGAUUUACUCACCAGCGACACUGCCUAUAAGAAUCUUGCUUCGCUUGCCAAGCUCGGACUGAAUGCGGAUAAUCCGAUAACCAACGGUACAAUGAUAGUCCGUUCAACGUCGCCCGCAUCUCUCAACUUGACCAACAGCUUAAUCAACGGUUUCAGUGGAGUUUCCUCCUCCACAUCUCCUUUACUCUCCACUCCUGACGACAUAAUGUCUGAUCCCAUGUCAAAUAUUCUUCCAGCACCUACUCCUAAUCCAAAUGGUACCCACACCACUCGUUCAAACAAAGUCAGUCCUAUGCAAAUUCGUAGCAAGUUUGGCCAACUCGGUCCUAACAAAGGCCAGUUUAAUUCACCCCACGGAUUCUGCCUCGGUCUAGAAGAGGACAUUAUUGUUGCUGAUACGAAUAACCAUCGCAUUCAAGUAUUUGAUAAGUCGGGGGUUUUCAAAUUCCAAUUUGGAACCUCAGGUAAGGACGAAGGGCAGUUGUGGUAUCCACGUAAAGUGGCAGUGAUGCGCACCACCGGCAAGUACGUCGUAUGCGAUCGCGGAAAUGAACGCUCACGCAUGCAAAUCUUCACGAAAAACGGUCAUUUCUUGAAGAAGAUUGCCAUCAGAUACAUCGAUAUCGUAGCCGGACUUGCAGUCACUGGACAUGGAGAGAUUGUGGCUGUUGAUAGUGUCAGUCCGACUGUAUUUAUUAUCAGCGAAAGUGGGGAGUUGAUUCGUUGGUUCGAUUGCAGCGACUUUAUGAGAGAACCUUCCGAUAUUGCCAUUCACGGGAAAGAAUUCUACGUUUGUGACUUUAAGGGUCACAACGUAGUUGUUUUCAGCGAUGAAGGGCAUUUUUUGAGACGAAUUGGUUACGAAAGCAUUACUAAUUUUCCAAACGGGAUUGAUAUCUCCGACGCUGGAGAUAUCCUGAUUGGGGAUUCGCACGGAAAUCGUUUUCAUGUUGCUGUGUUUUCGCGUGAUGGGUGUCUCAUUUCGGAAUUUGAAUGCCCCUAUGUUAAGGUGUCUCGUUGCUGCGGUUUGAAGAUCACCUCCGAGGGUUAUGUCGUGACUUUGGCGAAAAAUAACCAUCAUGUCCUCGUGUUGAACACGCUGUACAUCCUAUAGAGCCCCAAAGCAAGUAGUUUUGAUCUCGCACUGUACACAGUACUGAACUGAUUUUUAAGUUUUAUUUUGUAGUCUUUCUUUUUUCUUUUCUUUUUUUAACUACAUAUUACUUCAGAGAGAGGAUAAAAUGAAAUUAUUUUGGAACUAUUAGUGAACACAAGUGUUAGAUUUUAUGAAUUAUCCAAAGGAUUAUUUGAAAAAUACGUAAAGAUUUUAAUUUAGUUUUAAUCGUUUUGAAUUUUUUAGCAGCAGGCAUAAUAUGGUUCCUAUUAUUAUUACAAGAGAAAAAAAGAAAGAAAAAAGUGUUUAUUUUACGGUGUCAAUUAGUAUAAAAGAUUUAUUGAUCGCUUAAAACUUAGUUUAUUUUAAUUGUUUGGAAGCUGAACGUGCCAACUUUUAAAGCGUUUUAUUUUCUUUUCAGUCGUAGCACAAGGAAAAAUGCUUCGUUGUUUCGUUGUUUUUAUUAAUGUUAUUAUUUUAUAUUUUUAUUUUUUUCGUAUGGAUGAAGCUUUUAUGAAUGCGGUGUUUAUUUCUCUGUCUCUCAAUACUUACAUACUCAGGUUGGUUAGCGUUUUCAGUGCCAUGUAGGUUAAGUCCUAAGGAAGGAAAAAAAAACGGAAAAAAGCCUAACAGGAGCGAAUAACUGUUUGUUUUUUUUCUAUAUAAUACUUGCCGAUUCCAUUUUUUGAGAGAGAGCGUGCGUGAGUUUCGAAUCAUUAUUAUAUAUUAUGAGUUAGUUUUUUAGUUUUAUUGAUUUUUUUAUUUUUUUCCUGAAACUCCGUCGUGUUUUAAUCGACGGUUAAACCAUGCCUGUGAUAAUAGUAUCUUCAGGAUAAGUUGUGACCUUAGUCUCUCGUUGUUAUUUUGUGUGCUGCGCUGCCGCUCGCUUGUUUUUCAGCGCGCGGUCUCGCGUCUGCUCACAAGUCGUUUUUAAAAUUAUAUGUAUACAGAAAAAUAUUGAAGAAAAAAAACGCAAAAAAAAUAUAAAAACGAAAAACUCCACUAUAAAACAACUCGAAUUUUAAGAUUGUUUAUGUAUUAAAGUAAUUGUAUCUUAUAUACACUGUUUAACGUCCAUUGCAGGGGCACUGUCUGUGAUUUUUAAUUUUAUUUUUUUUUUGUUUUAUUUUAAUUCACGAUAUUUGUUGAGUUUUUGUUUUUAUUGAACGGAGAUGAAUUUUUAAAUUAGCAAUUAGACGACAGACAGUUUCUCUGCGCGGACUUGUUCUUCAAACUUGAAUGUGAUGUCAAUAAUCUCACAAAUAAUACCAGUGGUUAUUAUUGAAUACAAUUUUACUUUUCCGUCUA